UUCUGUUUCAAGCAACACUGGUAAUCCACAGGAAAGGGAAACUGAUGAAGUGGUUCUGAGGAGGAGACAAAAACAGAUCAAUUUUGGAAAGAAUACCCUUGCAUAUGACAGAUACAUUAAAGAAGUCCCAAAGAACCAGCGAAUUCCGGGAGUUCACCCUAGAACUCCCAACAAGUUUAGGAAGUACAGCCGUAGGUCCUGGGACCGGCAGAUCAAGCUGUGGAAGAUAGCCCUGCAUGCCUGGGAUCCUCCUGCUGAAGAAACCUGGGAUCUGCAGCCCGUGUAUGUUACAUGGGUGAAUUAAGUCAGAGCUUAAGAGAUUUAAGGAGGGCUCUGUAGUUCAUUUAGAGCAUUUCUGACUGGGAGAAAAAAGAUCCGACUCAAAAAUGGGAGUCUUCUUGACUUCAUUGUUUUCCACUGGAAUUCUCAGUCUCCAAGACAUUCCAGUUAUUUAGUCCAAGUUAAUGUGCAGUCAGGUGUUAUGGG